ACGGUUACAUAUUUGGGUUCGCGGGGGUGGCUGGCAGCAGACAGCAGUGGAAUGAACCGAGAUGGUUCCAGUCGUAACAUUAUUAGAGAUAGAAUAGGUGGAAGAAGUGGGAAGCGCAAAUAAGCCAAUGAAGCCUGAAAAUACGAAGCAAGUUCCACUUUCUAAAGUGCAAAGGCUAAAAGUUCCCCUGGCAGAGCCCGAGGCAGAGUCGCAUACCAAUAGCAGCAGCUCCUGCGCAUCCGGGCACUUGUCUAAUGAAUGCACUUGUGGCUAUUGGCUGCCGCUGUCCAGCGAUUUGCAUGAGCAGAGAGGGAGUGUCUGUGUUAGUAGCAGCGGCAGCAGCAGGAACUAAAUGACUGCAGUUUCCUCGGGAUUCAACUACCAGGGGAAUGAGAGGAUCACACACACGGCAGGGGAAAGCUGCUCUCGCACAGCGACUCUCUGAGCCUGGAUAUGGGGCAGCCCAGCAGCUGCAGAAACCCGCUCAGGAUCAUUCUCCAAACUGCUCAGCACUUGUUGUUUCUGUGGCUGCUCGCUCACGUCAGGGGAUCUCUCUUCAGCUCGGCGAGUAACAGCAGGGCCACGGAAUUGCUUUACACGCUGCAAGAAGGCUUGCCUAAGGGAGUUCAUAUCGGAAGCAUUGGGGACGAUCUGCAGCUGGAUUUCUUUGCUGAUCCUCCUCUGUCGUUCAGCCUGGCUUCAAAGGGGCCGAGUGAGAAGUAUGUGAGUCUCAAUAACAGCACAGGCGAGCUGAGCACAUCAUCUGAGGAGCUUGACAGGGAAGCUCUCUGCCCGCAUUCGCUGGUUGCUCAGGAGUGUGUGCUGCUUCUUGAUGUAAUCAUUUUGCCUCAGGAAUAUUUCAGACUUAUCAAAGUUAAGAUUGCCAUCAUUGACAUCAACGACAAUGCUCCACAUUUCCCUGUGCCACAGAUUUAUAUUUCAGUCCCAGAAAAUGCCCCUGUUAACACCAGGAUAGUUAUAGAGCACCCUGCCUAUGACCCUGAUGGUGGGACGAACGGGGUCCAGACCUACAGGUUGGUAGAUUACCAUGGUGUCUUUACACUUGAUGUUGAGGAAAACGAAAGUGGGGAGAGGACUCCCUACCUUAUUAUCAUGGGCCCACUGGAUAGAGAAAUGAAAGCUGAGUAUGAAACCACUAUCAUUGCAGAAGACGGGGGAAUUCCUCCACUCAUAGGGUCUGCCACGCUGUCAAUACUGAUUAGCGAUGUAAAUGAUAACUGCCCCCUAUUCAAUGCAUCUCAGAUCAAUGCAACUUUGUAUGGAAAUUCCACCAAAGGGACACACGUUGCUACAGUGCAUGCAGUGGAUACAGACUUAGGUCCUAAUGCCCUGAUUACAUAUGCAUUCAGUGAAAGGGUGCCACAGGCAGCAAAGGAAUACUUUCACCUGGAUGAGAUGAAAGGGAUUAUAAAACUUUCAAAGAGAAUAGACGGAAGCACCGUCCAGCAGCAUAAAUUAACAAUACUUGCCAAUGGUCCGGGCUGCAUUCCAGCUGUGAUUACUGUAUUCAUUUCCAUAAAUAAAGUCACUUUCAGGCCCCCGGAGCUCGUACCUCGAUAUAUUGCUAAUGAGGAAAAUGGUGUUAUUUACCUGAAGGAAUUGGAGCCUGUCCAUUCUCCAAUUGCAUUUUUUACCAUAAAAGACCCAGAUGAAAAAUAUCAAGUGGAUUGUUACCUAGAAGGAAAAGGGCCUUUUAGACUUUCUGCAUACAAGCCAUAUAAUAAUGAGUAUUUGCUAGAAACUACAGAUGUACUAGAUUAUGAGCUCAGACAGUCCUACAACAUAGCAGUGGUUGCACUUAGCUGGGAUGGGUAUCCGGUAAAGAAGCUUCUAAAAGUCCAAAUUCUGGAUGAGAAUGAUAAUUCCCCUAUUUUCACAGAAUCUGCUGUAGAGAUAACUAUUGAAGAAAACAAUGAGCCCAACGCAUUUCUGGCAAAACUUUAUGCCACGGAUGCUGACAGUGAUGAGAGUGGUCAAAUAUCUUAUUUUCUAGGGCCUGAUGCACCUUCCUAUUUUUCUAUAGAUAGCGUGACAGGCAUUCUUUCAGUUUCUACCAUAUUGGACCGAGAAGAAAAAGAAAAAUACCGGUUUACAGUCAGAGCAAGAGAUGCUGGCUUUCCUUCAAGGGAAUCUGUUGCUACGGUUUACAUCACGGUGCUGGAUAAAAAUGAUAAUAAUCCUCGUUUUAUCAGCAAAGAUUUCAGUUUUUUUGUGCCUGAAAAUUUUCUGAGAUUCGGUGAAAUUGGAGUGAUUAGUGUCACUGAUGCUGACUCUGGGCAGAAUGGAUGGAUAGCUCUAUCUAUAGUGAAUGGAAGUGAUAUUUUUGUCAUUGACAAUGGCAAAGGACUCUUGAGGGCAAAGGUUUCUCUGGACAGAGAGCAACAGAGCUCAUAUGCUCUUUGGGUUGAAGCUGUUGAUGGUGGGGACCCAACCUUGUCUUCUACAGCUAAAAUUACAAUCUUGCUUUUGGAUGUUAAUGAUAACCCACCAGUGGUCCUCUUCCCUCAGUCCAAUAUGUCGUAUCUUCUUGUUCUUCCUUCCACCCUGCCAGGUUCACCUGUCACAGAAGUUUAUGCUGUUGAUAAAGAUACAGGUAUGAAUGCCGUUAUUGCCUACAGCAUCAUAGGUCGAAGGGGACCCAAACCAGAAUCAUUUAGGAUAGACCCCAUAACAGGCAACAUCACUUUGGAGGAGGCACUUAUGAGGAAUGACUGUGGAUUGUACAGGUUAUUAGUAAAAGUUAGCGACCAUGGCUACCCAGAACCACUCUUUUCCACAGUAAUGGUAAAUCUCUUUGUUAAUGACAGUGUCACAGAUGAAAGUUAUAUUGAAACCUUGCUGAGAAAGGAGCCAGAUAUCAAUAUAGAAGAAAAAGAGCCACAGAUAGCAAUGGAGCCCUCCCAGAAAGAGAUGGAAAGUGAUUCAUGCACCCCUACAUUGGUAACUCUGUCAAUUAUUUGCCUGGGGUCUGUCAUUUUGGUAACUCUGAUGGGGAUGUACAUCUGCUUAAGAAAAGGUAAAAAUGAUCACGGAAUAAAUGAGAACACAGAAGUUCAAAUACCAUUAAACAGGAAAAUAGACUUCCAUAUGCUGGAAAAAAGGCCAAUAGAGAUUUCUAACAUUUAAUGAUGUCAUGCAAAGUGAAACUCUGGGGGCGUUAAAGAGUAAAUAUGACACAAUGUGUUGAUAGAGAGUUGUUAUGAAGGACCACUAAUUUAUACCUUAUAUUAAUAAACAUAUGUAAAUAGCACCUUCUAGCUUUUUUAAAGCAAAUAUUCGUACAGCCUUGUAAAUAUUUUUGUAAGAUCCACUGUAAACUGUUAUCCCUUACAAAGCUAUUUGGCUUGUGUUGAACGUUUUCCCUACUGUUGUCUUAAUGAAAGAAUCUACAGGUUUUGUUAUAUUUAACUAAAAGUGAGGUUUCACCUAAAAUCUAUAUGGACCAUAUUUAAGCUUAGCAUGCUCCAAAAAAGACUAUCACAGGUGAAAUUGGUUUUGUUUGUGUGUUACAGAUCAUUUAGAAGAACAAAUUCAUCAUGUUUGAUACAUAGGAUCUUGCAAACAAAAAAUCUAUGCAGUUUUGCAAUUUUAUUUAUUUGCCCUUCUAUUUGCUAUGUGUUAAACUUGGAAUUAAUGCUGUAUGGGUUCAUGAGGCCAUUAAUUAGAGCAUCCUGAUUUCUCUUGCAGCUUUGUACACUUUGUACUAAUAUUAUUAGUUUCUAUUCUGCCCCUUUCAUUCUGUGAUUCAGACCCUUGCUCGGUUGCUAGGGUCAGUGAUGUUAGCAACAGCAUAACUUCUUUUGAAGCAGCUCUCAUAACGGCAACCAAACAGACAGCAGUUACUGGUCACAUGUUUAAAAAUCAAACAACUGAUUGGUUGCAGUUGCUGGUCAGGAUUUUGAAAAUCAAACAUCAGAUUGGAUGCAGUUGCUGGUCAAAUGUUUGAAAAAUAGAAAACCUAAAAUCAAAAACCUAACCAUUUCCUAGUAGUAUGUGCCAUUGGAUAAUCCUAAAUAGAAAAAAACUGCCAUUUUAAAUUCUUUGGUUUGGCCCCUGGCUCAUAUAGUUACAUCGUUAGUUACAUAAUUAAAUUGGGUUGAAAAAAGACAAAGUCCAUCAAGUUCAACCCCUCCAAAUGAAAACCCAGCAUCCAUACACACACCCCUCCCUACUUUUAAUUAAAUUCUAUAUACCCAUACCUAUACUAACUAUGACUCACUGUGUUCACUCACAAACCAAGGAAACACAUACAAGCUACGUUACAUCAGCCAAUGAAUAGGCAGAGCUCUAUCUAGUUGGGUAGAUAGAGGACAUCUUUAUUAUAAGCCCAUUUAUUGCGCUUAUGUUUAACAUAGCUGAACACUGCCCCUUUAAAUGCAGUUUUUUUCCCAGUUCAGGAAAGUGGUAGUGCAUUUUUUUCUUUUCUAAAGUACUGUAGCAGAGGGUCCAGUUUAGUGUGAAAUGCUAAGUAUUUUUUUAAUAAAUUCUUGUAAGACA